GUAGGGAGUGGCGCGGAGGUUUGAAUUGCUUCGGACGGUUGAAAAAAACCUGCAACAGUGGAGUGAGGUAAAGUGGGGCUGUUACCAUGGCAGCGUGGGCAGCCAUCUGAGGAAGCAGAUACCCGGGGGACAGGCGUGUUACCGGGGGCCGGCAAGUGGCUCUUUGAUGUUCUUCAACUGCUGGGGGUAUAUCUGGCUUUGGGGGCUUGAUUUAUAUUCUUGCCUCCUUGGGGGAAAGAUUUGGAACCAGACUGGCAGAUGAGUGUGUACUUAAUUCGCCCUUCCCAGCUGGGAGACUGAAGGGAUGCAUCAAAGACGGACAGCCAAGAAUCCAAAGCAGGCUUUGCAGGUUCGCCGUAGUAGCCUCUCUGCAUGGCAAAUAGAAGAGAGAACAGCUGGCCCAAAGACUGUGGACUUGAAAAGUGCCCAGAAACAUGAGAAAGGGAAGCAGCAAUCUGCCAGUGUCCAGGCAGGCAACAGCACACAAGACUAUCUGGAGCAAGCUCUGACCUAUUUUGAGAGAGUUAAAGACUACAUUCCACUGAAAAAGAAUGAGGUUCUGCAGAAACACUUGACUACUGUGGAAAGCAUUGCCCUGCAGAGAGGAUUAUCCCCAGAAGGACUUGAUGUGUUGCUGAAUGUGGCACUCAGUGGCCACCUUGCUGAUACAGUAAAUACUCGGAUCUUGAAGUGCCUGAUUCCAGCCUCAGUAAUAGCAGAAAGUUCAGUGGUUUCAGCAGUAUCCCGGCUCUGUGUUGGCAAAUGUUCUGGCAGCACCCAGCUGCUCUUCUUAAGAUGGCUGAUUGCAAUGUUUGACUUCAUUGAUCACAAAGAAAAGCUUCAUGCACUCUACGGCUUCUUCUUCUGCUCCCUGCAAGAUGAGAAGCUGUGCCCCUAUGUUUGUCAUCUGCUGUAUCUGCUGACCAGAAGAGAGAGCGUUAAGCCUUUUCGCGUGAGGAGACUGGUAGAUCUACAGGCAAAGAUGGGAAUGCAGCCUCAUCUGCAGGCUCUGCUAUCACUGUACAAACUUUUCUGCCCUGAGCUGGUGUCUAUAACUCUGCCUGCAAAGAUGAAGACCUACUUCAAGAACUCAGAAAGCCUGUGGAAGGCAGCAAUCAACACCAUAAGGCGAAGAAAUCAGGGAACGUCUCCAGCAUCCCAGCAACUGAUUCUGGGCACAGGUCACCCUCAGUCCCGGAAGAGAAAAUGGAAUACUCAGUUGAUUUUGCCUGCGUGCAGCACUGACACAAACAACUCAACUAGGAGCAAGGAGAUCAACCAUGCUGACAUCCUCAGUCACAGUGAAUCUUUCCCAGUGGAGCAGCUACACACCUUCUCCCAGCUCUUACAGAACAUCCACCGCCUAGAGUUUCCUUCCCAGAUGGGCUCAGUGCUAAGGAAUUCCUUGCUGCUUCACUACAUUAAUUGUGUCAAAGAUGAAUCUAUCUACUUAAGGCUCUACUAUUGGAUGGGCCAGACUCUUCAAGAAGAAUGCACUUGGUAUAAGCUUGAUAACCAGCAGUAUGAAGAAGAGUUCAAGGACUUCCUGGAUAUCGUCUACAAGACCGAGUGUUUCUUGCAGGAGGGGUUCUCUUCCUGUGAAGAAUUCUUGUAUAAGAGCCUUCCCCUCUGGGAUGGUUUCUGCUGUCGAUCGCAAAUCCUCAGGCUGGUGAGCUGGAUCCCCCUCAGCAGCUUCUCGGAAAUGAAACCACAUCUUUGUGAACCUCUGGCACAGCUUUUUUUUACAUCAUCCCUUUAUUUUAAGUGUAGUGUUCUUGAAAGUCUGAAGGAGCUGUUGCAGAACUGGCUGAAUUGGCAUGUAAUGCAGUUGGAUAUGGAGUCUGAUCCUAAAAUCAGUCCUUUGAACACCACUCUUUCUGGACUGGUGAACUCUGUGGCUGAGCUGAUCCACUUUGUAGGGUCGAUCGCCACUGUAGCACUGCGCUUGGAGAACAAUGCUACUUUCUUGCUGUACUUUAUUCUGGAUUUCUAUGAAACAGUGUGCGAUGUGUAUCUUAAGUAUAACCUACCCUUGUUGGUGAUGCCUCCUCCUGGAGUUUUUUACCCAGCACUGCUCAGCAUGGAUGCUGUCAGUCUGAACCAGCUCUGCUACAUUAUGUACAGGUAUCGAACCAACUUGGUAGCUGCGAAAGAAAAUGAGCUGAUUAAAAAGACAAUACUGCAAUUCAAGUUCAGUAGCCAGACUUACCAAGAGUACAACCAGUACAUAAUGGCCAUGGUGGGCUGUCUGUGGACAUCCAGUGCAUUCCAGAAGGAUAUCCACCCUCAGGGCAUUCGCCUAGAUCCGGAAGUACUGAAGAAAACCAGAGUGCAGGAGGUCAGGAACAGCUUCAACAUUGUCCACCACCCAGCCCUGAUGGGCUAUGCAAUCCUCUUCCUGCAGCAGGCUUGGCCAGAAGAUAAAACCCUGAACUUCAACUUAAUUAAGGGGAGGAGGUGGAACUGGUAUCUGGAAUAUCUCUAUAUGCAGGGGUUACAAGGCCUGAAACUCUUCAUCGAAAGCAGCAUCAAUCGUGUUUCUCAGGUCUCCCAAACCAAGUCAGGGAAUGCUCAGGUGUAACAGACUGGUUCAUAUGGAUUCUUCUGGUUGUCCAGACCAGGAAAGCAGAGUAUAGCAGGCCCCGCCUCUGACACCUCUGUCUAGGGGAAGAAGUAGACGGAGCCAUUAGCCGUGUUACAUUUUGAUACUGACGUCACCUUAGGAAAACAAGGAGAGAGAGAAUGGUUGAACUGACCUUAUUCAACAGUGCACUGAACCUGGAUGUCCCUGCCAAACUUCUGUGGUGUGAUGCUGCUGAGUUUGUAACCUGUGCAAUUCACUAUCAACUUCCUCAUACUGGAAUGCCUACUUCAACUAAGCCACAAACACUUCUGCCUUUCUUAUUUCAGUGCUCCUUCACUCAGAAGUGAUUCCUGACUUCCCGCUGCAGUGUGCAUGCACAUACACCUUUCUAGGGUAUUGUAUAUAUUGACUCGGGGACUUUAAGGAACCUGCUGGGUCCUCUGUGGUGGAAUCUAUUUAUACUGGUUUUGAGGGUCUGUGACAGGCUGGCCUAACUGACACCUUAGAUUUUGCUUUCAGUAUGAAACCUCCUGAGGAUGCUUUCCUUUGUACCAUGUCUGUAGGACAUUCUCGCACUGCAGCUGGAAGAUUUAGUGCUGAAGUUCACGUUUUAUGGAUGCUUUGAGCACCCUAGGGGCAUUGCUAACAGCUCACUAUUUUCUUGUGACAAGUCUAAAUGCAGUUUUCCCUUUUGUGCUUGUAGCAAUGUACAUAACUGUAUAUUAUAUAUGUUUAUAUUAUGUAAAAUACUGCCAUAGUGCCACUGCAGAGGAACUCUCUUGUGAAAUGUUUCUUCCUUCCUGCCCUUUUUAAAACUCAGAUCCAGUUAAAAGAAACCAAACUCCAUUUCCUCAGCUCGAUAUUUUAGGUGAACUUCAUAUUGAUGGUCUAAAGCUGGGUUGGGACUCUUCAACUUCCAUGCUCAUAGGACGAGAGAGAGAACAUUGAUCAUGAUUCCAAGUAGUUUGUAUUUUCUUUCUGCCUCCGAAAAGGAGACACUUCAGGAAAUGUUGACGUAUUUUUCCUUUUUUAACAAUGGUUACCAACAGAUGGUGGUGUCUUGCCUGUGAAAAAUCCUGCUUGUUCCUUUCUCUCCAAUACCAUAUUAGUCUUGGGGUCACAUUGUUGAAGGCUAAUGAUCUUGUUAAUAAACGCUUAUGU